UUUUCUCCUUAUGAGUUAUCCUACCCAUUUUCCCCGGACCUGCUCACUUUUUCCAUUGAAGGCGAGAAAAGUGGUUUAGAAAAUUAAAGGUUGUUGUUGGAGUGUUCAGGAUUCCGUGACCCUUUGAACGCACCAGUCGUCAGCGUCACAGUGCGCAUGGGCAAGUUAACAGAAAGCUGGCGCGAAACAACAAGAGUUGGGAACUCCUUUCUACUGAGUCUAAAUGAGCCAGUGUUAAAAGUACAUUAUACCACAGUUCAGCCAUUUUAACGGGUCAAACAGUAGAAGGGACUACAGCGCUAGAAGAAGUACCUCUCUAAACAAGAACAACUACUCUUGCUGCUGCCGACUGACGCCAGAUGACAGAAUGCCUUCACUGACUCUUAGCGGAGUGACUGUAAAUUUCCCUUUUUCUCCCUACGAAUGUCAGAAGGCAUACAUGAACAAAGUGAUCGAAUGUCUUCAGAAGAAAGUCAAUGGUGUUCUGGAGAGCCCCACAGGCACAGGUAAGACUUUGUGCCUACUGUGCGCCACCCUGGCCUGGAGGGAGAACUUCAAGGACACCAUCUCUGCUCGGAAGAUAGCAGAGAGGCUGGGCAAGGAGAUGUUUCCAAACACACCUCUGUCUUCCUGGGGGACAGCUGCCACUGACGGUGACAAACCAACUUACUACACUGAUGUCCCCAAGAUUGUAUACGCAUCGAGGACACAUUCUCAGCUUGCACAAGUUAUUAGUGAAUUAAAGAACACUUCAUACAGGCCAAAGGUGUGUGUGCUGGGCUCAAGAGAGCAGUUGUGUAUUAACCAGGAAGUCAUGCGUCAGGAGAGCAACCACGUCAAAGUUCAUAUGUGCAGAGCCAAAGUUUCCACCAGGUCAUGUGUCUACUACAACAACGUUGAAGAUAAGAGCACUGACAGAGAUUUGGUUAAUUCUAUCCUCGAUGUGGAAGAUUUGGUCCAAUUUGGCACCAAACAGAGAGUCUGUCCUUACUAUCUCUCCCGUUCACUGAAACAACAAGCAGAUGUCAUUUUUAUGCCAUACAACUACUUGCUAGAUCCAAAGAGCCGCAAGGCACACAAUAUCGACCUGAAUGGAGCGGUGGUUAUCUUUGACGAAGCUCACAAUGUGGAGAAGACAUGUGAAGAAUCAACCUCGUUUGAUCUGACUCCCUAUGAUGUAGCCUCGGCCAUCAAUGCUGUGGACAGGCUGCUUGUGGAGCAGGCUAAAGAAAUCAGCCACAAAGACUCUGUGAGUGAAGACGUCAACGUGGAAUCCCUCAGCUCUGGUUUAAAGUUAGAUUUGUCCACCAUCGCUAAAAUCAAACAGAUACUACUGGAUCUGGAAGCUGCCAUUGAUUCCUAUGAUGUUCCAAGUGAUAAAGGCAUUACUAAACCUGGAAUUUUCAUCUAUGAGGUGUUAGAAAGAGCUCAUCUGACCUACAGCAACAAGACGGCAGUCUAUGAAGCUCUGGAGCAGAUCAGUGGAUACCUGGCAGGACAGCCCGGAAUAUUCCUCAAUACAAGUGGACUCCAGAAGCUGUCUGAUAUCAUACAGCUGGUAUUUUGUGGUGAACCGUCAGAAAAGGACAGACAGCACCAGAUGGAGACCAACACGGCUCAUUUUAAGGUUCAUAUCCAUCGGGACACCAGCGUUCACAAAAAGAAACAGAGUGUUGACGUGUGGGCUUCAUCUUCAUCAAAAAAACAAGGCAAUAUUCUGAGUUACUGGUGCUUCUCUCCGGGCUUCAGUAUGCAAGAUCUGGUGAAUCAAGGCGUUCGCUGCAUCAUUCUGACCAGUGGUACCCUCUCUCCCCUGUCGUCUUUCACAUCUGAGAUGAGAAUAGAAUUCCCAGUACGUCUGGAGAACAACCAUGUGAUUGAGCGGGACCAGAUCUUUGUGAGCAUCAUUGCACAAGGGCCUGAUGGAGCGCACCUAAGUUCAGCGUUUGAUCGGAGGUUUGUUCCUGAAAACAUGGCGUCUUUAGGCAACACCAUUGCUAACCUGAGCCGUGUGGUUCCUCACGGACUCUUAGUAUUUUUCCCUUCCUUCCCUUUAAUGGAAAAAACAUUGGAAUUCUGGAAAGCUAACGGACAUGCAAACCGCAUUGAGAACAUAAAGCCUAUGUUUGUUGAACCUAAAGGGAAGGGCACCUUUAAUGACGUUAUUGAUGGUUAUUACGGCAAAGUCAAUGAUCCAGCAUCCAAAGGAGGAUCCUUCUUUGCUGUGUGUCGAGGGAAGGCGAGCGAGGGUCUGGAUUUUGCAGACAUGUUUGGUCGGGGUGUCAUCAUUACUGGCCUUCCUUUCCCUCCAAAAAAAGACCCUCGCGUUGUCCUGAAAAUGCAAUUUUUGGAUGAGAUGAAUCAAAAGAAAGCUCCAGGGCUCAAGUACUUAUCAGGGCAAGACUGGUACAGACAGCAGGCUUUCAGAGCUGUGAAUCAGGCCAUUGGUAGAGUGAUUCGUCACAAGGAAGACUAUGGAGCGAUCUUCUUGUGUGAUCAGAGAUUUAAAAGUGCCGAUGCCCGGGCUCAGCUUCCAUCGUGGGUGAGGUCGUAUGUGCGCCUCUGUGACAGCUUUGGCAACGUGGUCCGUGAUGUCUCUCAGUUCUUCAGGACUGCACAAAAAAUGAGGCCUGUGGUUGGGAAGAAGGCUCCAGCAGACAGCUGUGCGGCUGUGUGUUCAUCAGACACUCAGUCCUCCAGUUUCACCUCUUGCUCCUCCUCACAAACUUCUCACACCCAGAAGGCCAAGGUGUUGGACACAUACCUUCCCAGCUUGAAGAGGAGGAGACUCAAUGAGAACAGUGGAGCCAGUGGAAUGGCCAGGAUCUGCCUUGAGUAUGAGAGUGAGGUGCAGGACAGUCAGAGGAGACCACUCAACUUGCUGGAUGCUUUGGAGCAAGGCAACCACGGCACUGGAGAGGACAGUGAUUUUACCAUGGGAGAGGAAAAGGCAAAUCAUUUGUCCACACUGUCUCUUCAAUACGAUAAGAGGAUGGAGGAUGAGUUGCGGGGUGGAAAACGUAAAAUCAAGUUGGUCCAAGAACAGGUAAGUGGUGUUCUAAACAACACACAGCUGGACUCGGUGAAAACGGCUAAGACAUUCCUGGCGGACAUGAAGAAGUCCCUGAGUGAGGUCUGCUGUCACCGCAUCAUACGGGCGCUGCACACCUACAAAAAGACUGAUGACCUGAAUCACCUGCUGACUGAGACAGCAAUUUUAAGUGAAGACACUAAUACUCAGAGUCUCCUCCAUGGCCUCUACCACUUUGUUCGCCCACACCACAAAAAGAGGUUUGAUGAAAAUUGCCAGAAGAUGGCAAGGCAGGGCUGUGGAUACAAACCUGAUCACACUCUGUCCAAGGAUGAGAAGAAGACUGUAAUGCUGCAGAACGGUUCUACAUCAAAGAAUGAAGUCCACACUACCUUUCUGACUGAUGUGAAAAAAGCUCUUGGGGCAGAGAGAUCGACACAGCUCUUUCAGGCUAUUCACACCUACAAAAACACAGACAACUAUGAAAAACUGGUGACCACAGCAGUGAACUUAUUCACUGAGAGAGAUGAGAACUUCGGCCUUCUUGUCAGAUUUGGUAUGUUUAUUCGUCCUAACCACAAGAAGCAGUACAAAGACAUGUUGGAUGGCUUGAUAGGUCAGCCAGUCUCUGCUCCUGAUGUUCCUGUUAUGAUUGAGGAGCAGCAAGAACAACCUGAAGCUUCGCUUUUGUCUCCUUUGAGGUCCCAAAGCAAGAUUUCCAGUUAUUUCUCAAGCAGCCAAAGAAGAUAGAAUGCAAGUGAAUACUAAAUGAAUGGUCCAGAAUUCCUUAUUGAGUUCAGGGUAUCAUAGUUCAAACUAACAUGAGUUAAAUUUCUGUCUGUUGUCUUCAGUGACCAUCCCAGGAACAAGUCUGUUCCUCUGCUGAGUGGAUCUUCUUUUUUUAACUUGUUCUUGAUGUUUGAUGUUUUGAAUGUAACUGUAAAGAAAUUAGCUUUUUUCCAUGUGAUGAAAUGUAAAUCUGAUAUGGAUAAAUAAAAUCUUUUUCAUUUUGUAAGAUAAUUGAAUUGAUGAAAUAUUCUCAUGACCUGAGUUUCAUUUGUACGUCCAGCAAUGCUCGAA